AUUUUUAUUGGACUGUUUAAGGUUCAUCUGCUGUAUUUUAAAGUUAUCAAUUUAGGGAAUAUGUUUGGGCCCAUGCAUUUUAAAUUGGCGCUAUUCAUAGUGGCCUUGUGUCGAUUUCGCAUAAUCCUAUCUGAAGAUGUGGUAUCGCUAUCGUCUGAGGAUAUAUUUCCUACCGCUGAGAAGCGAUUUAGGGCUGUCAUGCGUAUGAUUAAUGGAGACGGCUUUAAUGAGAAGUUGGUCAAGUUGGCCCUAGACAAAGUCACUACUCAAUGUAAAGCAAUAAUGGGAAAUUCUUCCGAAUCGAAUGCUCUAACCGCGGGAGAAGGUGUACAUGAUCAAGCGGCUGCAGCUUCAAAUCAUCAUGCUGUAAAUGAUCAAUUAGCUACCUCGAAAAAUGCCAAUAGUUGCAAAGAAUAUAAUGAUUUAUUCGUUGAAAAUUUGACUAAUAUUGGUAAACGCUUAAAUUCUAUUUUCCAAUCCAUGUUUGCUGAUGAUUAUAAGGUCAAAAUAAUAGGAAAGGAUCUUGAGUUUAAUGAGGGGCAAUUAGGAUCUAUGUUUUUAGAUUUGCGCUUUGUAUUUCCACCCCUUUCGGAUGAUCUGAAGAGUAUAUAUACGCUUAUUAAUCCUGAAAAGAAAAGUAGUUAUGAGAAGACGGGGAUUAAAGAUAAGGAAAAGGAAAUGGUUAAGGAAUGGGUGAGCAAUAAUGCCCCCGGUAUGAUUUCAGCAUUCAAUAUGAAUGAAGAACAGUUGUGGACUGUGAUGUAUCAACUGUUUAAUACGGAUGUGUCAAUGUUGGAAAGUCUUAAAUUGAGAAUUGAUGUUUUCAACAAUAAUGCUGGUGAUCUAAAACAGGCAAAGGAACUGUGUAAGAAACAAAACUCUGCCAUGUUUGGUUCCAUUGCACUUCUUAUCUCAGCGGUGCUUAUGUUCACUAUCUCGUAGAUGGUAUGUAGUUGUCCGUGGUUAUUGUGGCAGUCUCAAUAGUUACCGGAUGCAUAAAUAAAGGUGGCAAUGGCAGAGAACCCGAAGGUCACAACCACACAGAGCAUCCAUAACAUUCUAUUAGCUACCAUCUUGCUAAGGUAAAUAGGGAUUGGUAUUAGUAACUGUACCGCCUAUAGUUGUGGACAUGCUCCGGGUAUGGUACAGGUACCAGCAGGUUAAAUGUUACUCUCCGAUGUGCCUCCCUAAGGUAUUGUCUAUUAUCUAUAUGAUAUGAAAUUAGUGAGGUUCUUUCAUUGUCAGACAUUGAUAAUAUAACUAUCAGUGCAGCUGAUCUAAAGACCGCUAUUGGAACAGUGGCUUUUCACGUAAAUAUCGCCAACGGGAACGUAGAUGUAACUAUGGAGACAACAGCUAUAGCGUACAUGUCGCAAUCUGUAUAACACAUGAUAGACAAAAUGGUGCCUAACCAAGUGCUAUAGUGUCUUUUUGACCAUGACAUACUAUGAUAUAUAUGCCCGGACAACGUCAUAUGCAGUUACGAGG